AUGUUCUAUUUCCAGCUGGUGAUCAUGGCUGGGACGGUGCUGCUGGCUUACUACUUCGAGUACACGGACACCUUCCCCGUGCACAUCCAGGGCUUCUUCUGCUACGACAAGACCUUCUCCAAGCCCUACCCCGGUCCGGACGACACCAGCAAGAUCCCCCCUGUGCUCAUCUACUCGCUCGUCACAGCCAUCCCCACCGUCACGAUUCUUGUUGGAGAGCUGUGUGCCUUCUUCACAAAGGCGGAGGGGACCCAGGAGAAGACCAUUGUUACUGCAGACUGCUGCUACUUCAACCCCCUGCUGAGACGCAUAAUACGCUUCCUAGGCGUCUAUGCCUUCGGCCUGUUCACCACCACCAUCUUUGCCAAUGCGGGCCAGGUGGUCACCGGAAACCAGACGCCUCACUUCCUGUCUGCCUGCCGACCAAACUACACCGCGCUGGGCUGCCAGUCCACCAUGCAGUACAUCGCCGAGCGCCGUGCCUGCACAGGCAACCCGCUGAUUGUCAUGUCUGCACGUAAAUCCUUCCCGUCCAAGGACGCGGCGCUCAGCGUCUACUCCGCAGUGUACACCGUGAUGUACGUGACACUGGUGUUCAAGACCAAAGGCACGCGGCUGACCAAGCCCACCAUCAGCCUCACCCUGCUCUGUCUGGCCAUGCUAGUAGGCGUGGUCCGGGUGGCUGAGUACCGCAACCACUGGGCUGACGUCCUGGCGGGAUUCUUCACCGGGGGAGCCAUCGCUGUGUUUCUGGUGACUUGUGUGAUUAACAACUUCCAGCAGAUGCAGCCCAGUCCUCCUCCACCGCGACCCCAUCGCCCCGAGUCCGUGCUGGGCAUGCCGAUGGUGACGCUGCCCUGUGUGGAGAGUCCACUCGAAAAACUCCGCGGGGAUCUCCGUUCACCGAGAUCACAUGACCAUCAGCCCUAUCGGUUCCCCGCCACCCCCGAUGUCCUCAUACCGUCUCGCUCCAUUUCCAGCGAAGUCUAGACCAGUCGGAGCAGCACUCGCCGCACUGCGCCGCCCAUCCGGCCGGGCGGUAUGCAACGCUGCACCGCUCCUAUUCCACACAGGUCUAGACCCCCCCUAACACACGCACACGCCCCGUCCUGUUGCCCUCCUAACCCCUGGGGAACCGAUAGGCAAACUUUGAAAACUUUCUCUUUGCUGGACACCCAGUAAAGAGCUGAACAUUCAGUUCAGAGUCAGGUACAUCUCUUUUUUUUUCAUUUUGAAUAUUAUACUCAAAGACUUUAGU